AUGACUACUCCGCCUUUUGACUGCAUGAUCGGCUUCCCCGGCUUUGUGGGCUUCCCACAAACGCCGGACGAGGAUUUCCAGCUCGAUUCCACUACGGUGGACGAGCUGGACCUCCUCCGAUCGGCCGAAGAGCUGCUCGCAAUGGCGAGCAGCCAGGCGAAGCGUCGGGGCCUCAAAGUGAAGAGGCUCCGCGAAAAGCUUUGGGCAGAGCGCGCGCAGGCCAGGAAAGAGAAGUGCUCUUUAGAGCAGCGCCUGGCCAAAUACACAACGGCGGGGACCGCCCUAUCUGAGCUCUACGAGCAGCUUGAUAGGGCGGAAGGGGCAGCGAGAAGCCUUGGUUUCGAUUUAGCCAAGGCUCAAACGAUAAUCAGGAGACAGCAAGCCGCCCUACGCCGCCGCCGCCCCAAAGCCGUCAAGAGGGUGCAGCUGCCCGACGGGGAGUGCUGCGUCUGCUUAGAUAAGCAGAGCACGCACGCCUUCGUCCCCUGCGGGCAUCUGUGCGUCUGCAGCUCCUGCGCGGAGCUGCUAAUGCGUGUAGACGCCAAAUGCCCCUACUGCAGGGCCAGGGCGAUGGAAACCUGCCAGAUACGCUUUACCUGA